UUUUCAUAACUUUUUUUAUUUCUGCCACAAGAAUAAUAAAUACAUUGUUUUAAUUUAUAACUUUUAAUACUUUACGUAUAUUAAUUUGUAAUAUUAAGCAGUAGUAAAGUAUAUUCAUAUUAUAUGAUUAAACAAUACACAUAGUUUAGUCUAUACAGUUUAGAACAGCUUCUACAAAGAAUAACUGGUUGAAGUUUUCGACCAACAUCAAAAGAUGACCACAGAGACUGAGAAAAAAACACUAUUAUCACAUCAUGUACAGCAGAAAUUGUGUACUACGCGGUUGCCUUACAGGCAAGGCAGAAAAUUGACUGCUGUGAAGGUAUACACUAUAAACAAUGAAUCCAAUCAUCUUCUAAUAUUCGGUGUACCAUCUCUAAAUCUACGUCAAGAGACCAAAUCAUUGUUUGCCAAGUUUGGGAAACUUCUACAAUUCAAUAUAACCUCACACGAGUCCGAGCAGUUCACUGAGACAUAUCACGCCAAAUACGAACAAAUACAGUCUGCCAGAGUAGCAAAACGCAUGCUCGACACCAAAAACUUCUACGGCGGAUCAUUACAUGUGUGUUAUGCACCAGAACUUGAAGAUAUUAACGAAACGAAACACAAAUUGAUGCAACGAAAACAGAAUGUGUUAUUCAGAUUGAGAAAUAUGAAUAAUGAUGUUGUCGUUGAGAAGAAUAAGGUGGAAAUUGACAAUGAAAAGGUAUAUUGUAAUAAAAUUGUACUGAACAUGGGAGAAGUUAAUACAAUAAAUAUGUCCAACGAACCUGUUGUGACUAAGAAAAGAAAAAUUAAACAGAAUAUUACUAUAGAGAAACAUUUUAAACCGUGUUUUGUUAACGAAAACAGAGACAACGAUAGCAGUACAACAAAAGUUAGAAACAAUGAUAAUGAAUGCAGUUAUAGUAAUGAUAGAAAUGAAAUUAAUGAAAACAGUGGUAAUGAUAAUAUAGAAAUAGUUGAUUGCACUUCCAUAGACAAUGAAAUUGUGUCGAAUAUAGAUGAAGGUUUGAGUUAUAAGAAGUUUGGUAAUGAAGUCAUUAGAAAAGUACCUGUGAAACCGUUAAAUGUAAUUAAAUUUAAUGUUACUAGUAAAAAGUCAUGAACU